AACAGCAUGUCAUACCUGGCAGACGUUGUUGAAGUUGGAGGUCAGGGAGGAGAUGCUUUCGAUGUUGAAAAAGAUCCAGGUUUGGGAGGGCUCGAGAAGAACAGCAUGUCAUACCUGGCACCUGUUGUUGAAGUUGGCGGUCAGGGAGGAGAACCCUUCGAUUUUAAUGGCACUAAAGAUGGAAGCAUGCUGAAAAAGGUCCAGGUUUGGGAAGGUGACUACAAGAUAAAAGCCAUGAAAUUGUGGCUUACUGAUGACCGGUCCGAGCAGUUUGGUGUUCCUGCUGGGAUUCUGAAAGAGUUUACAUUUGAAGAUGGAGAGCAUUUCACCUCCCUUUCACUUUGGGCAAAUAAAGAUGUUACACGUCUAGGUGCAAUCAAAUUUAAGACAAGUCACUCCCGAGAGUUCUAUGCAAGCUUGACAAAAGGUCCUGUAAAUAUUCAAGUUCCAGUUGAUGUUGCUUCUGGGAUCUGCAUGGGAAUCAAAGGACGUUCAGGGUCUGAUAUUGAUCGCUUUGGCUUCAUAUUCAUCAACCCCGUCCAGUCUGUUGAGCUUACCAAUGUUCUGUAUCCCACCAUUUCUGAUGUGAUACCCAAAGUGGCUGUUGAAGAAAUCAAAUCCAUGUCCUACCAGAACAACACUUCUGUAACUCAAGAAUAUCCAAUUGAGGCCUCCACAAAAGUCACCCAAAAAUCCUCCUGGUCUGUUAUGGGCAAACUGGAAAUCACAUUCAGGCUGGAAGUAAAUGCAGGAAUUCCACAGCUUGUGGAGGGGAAAUCAGGCUAUCAAUUAAAUAAUGCAGUUGAGGGUACAUAUCCUUCAAAGUACAGGGCAGAGAAAAUGGAGUUCUUCUUAUUUCCUGUUAAAGUUCCUGCAUUUUUAACUGUGGAUGUGGACAUCACACUUUCCCGGGCUACAGUUGAUCUCCCAUUCACUGGCAUCAUCAAGAUUACCUGCUAUACUGGUGGUGUGCUGGAGUUUAAAACCAGUGGAACCUACAAGAGUGUCGCUUACUCUGAUGGAAAAGUGGCUGUGAAUCAAUUAUGCAUACAGGGUGCAGCCUAA